AUGGGACCGGAACCACCUUCGUACACAGUCAUGCAGCCGGCGAUCAGACGACGGGACGAGCGUGCAUACAGGGCUCAGCAGACGGUGGACAAAGUCAUCCCGGAGUUGCUGCGAUCGUGUCCUCGCGCCAGACAUGGUAUACAGAAAUCAGACCUCGUCUCCGAUCCAGAUGUUCCAACACAACAUGGCGACCGAUCUAUUGCAUGUCUGCCGGAAGACGCACCAAGGAUACGUCUGGUAUGCACCGACACUCUCACAGCAGCCUCACGCAUGUCUGAGCGACCUUUCAUCGGACGACGUAUAGCACCAGAUGGCAGGACCAUAAAACAGAAACCCAAUGUCGCCAUACUCAACUUCGCAUCCCCUCUCAACCCCGGCGGAGGCUUCCUCGAUGGUGCCAACAGCCAGGAGGAGUUCGUCUGUGCUCGGACUACCGUCUACCCCUCGCUAUGGGACUCGUUCUACCGCCUCCCACAACUCGGCGCAAUCUACACUCCAGAUGUCAUGGUCUUCCGAGACAGCACGCCCGAAGCCAACGAACUUCUCAAACGCGAUCGCUACUUCAUCGAUGUCCUCUCCGCCGGUAUGCUCCGCUUCCCAAACUCCAAGGACCGUAUAGAGGAGACGAGGGAAUACGGCUGCAGCUGUGGCGUCAGCUACUGCGACCGCGACCGCGACCUCGUCAUCCGCAAAAUGAAAGCCGUCAUGCGCGUCGCCCAGCUCAAAGGCGCCGAACGCAUCGUCCUCGGCGCAUGGGGCUGCGGAGCCUAUGGCAACCCAGUCAAAGAGGUAGCAAAGCUCUGGCGAAAAGUCAUCGCAGGCAGCCAGCGUCAAAGGCGCCCUAACGCGGAAAGAUGGCAAGGCAUCAAAGAAAUCGUCUUCGCCAUCCCCGACCGCAAAAUGGCCAACGAGUUCAACGACGCCUUCACUGAUAUCCUGCUCCCCGGCUGGCCAACCCAAACCUCCGACGUCGCAACACCAGGCUCCGACUCUCCUUGCAGAGAAGAAGAAGAAGACGCGGAAAUCGCCUCCAUCGUCCUCAGAAUCCAAGAAACGGAACUUCAAGUCGAAGAAUCCAGCGGCCCGCGAACCAAAAAUCGACUCCGUGAUAUCCUCGCCGGGUUAAAUCGCGACUUAGCCCAAGGUCUCGCGGCAAAGCGCAUAAAAGAAGAAGAACUAACCCAACGCGCCGACGAAAUGGUCGAAGAGGAUUUCGUCAACAUCACCGACAUCAUCGCCUCUGAUAUCGAAGACAAUAGCCUCUACGACUUCGAUGGCGGCGAGGAAGGGGGCUUCGGAGCUAAUUCCUCCUCAUCAGACGAAGCACCGAUCCCGGAAACUUAUUCUUUCCGUAACGCCCAACCGCCUGGAUUGGAUUUCGAAACGAGUCAAGAUGAGGAGGAGAUGGAACACGAUCAUUCCUCCUCCUUUCUUCGACCCCAGCCUAGCCCCAACUUUGAUCCGAAGACGGGUUGGUUUACGGGGAGUAUUGAUCAGUUGCAUGGGAUGAUGAAGGAGGGUGGUGGGGGUGGGGCGAGACAGGCAUCUUCUUCGCAUGCUUCGCCUGUUCUCAGGCCGUGGAGUAGUGGGAGGGAGAUCGAGCCGUUUUCGCUCGAGGGGCAUGGUUUGCCUGAGGCGCGGUUCGAGUUUGAAGCGAGGAUGACGAGGCCGUGA